CCCACCUCUUCCGUUGCUCAGGCCUGACCUUUCUGCUGCCGGGCCGGGCUGAGGCGACUCUGAAGCGACCCAGCGUUCUUAUCCGACCCGCCCCGCUCGAGACACCAUGGUGGCGUACUGGCGACAGGCUGGACUCAGCUACAUCCGGUUCUCCCAGAUCUGUGCCAAAGCAGUGAGGGAUGCCCUGAAGACUGAGUUCAAAGCGAACGCUGAGAAGACUUCGGGCAGCAGCAUAAAAACUGUGAAAGUGAAGAAGGAGUAGCUGAAGCUGACUGGAGCCUGAAGUGCUGAGUCUUCAAGGUGAAGCAUGUGGGCCCCGUUCUGGCAGAUGGAAAUCAACCUUGCCUCCUGGGGACAGACUGCCCGUCUUGUUGAUAAAUUGACUAUGCCAAUAAAUUAACAUGGUUCACUCUC